UAGGCUUCAACUCCAGCGGUGGGUGGAUGAGUAAUGUGUCCAGGAAGCCUGGAGGCUGUGACUUCCCUGCCAACCCCACCCCUCGCAUGGACAUUUAUUCUCCACUGCUCAGUCCCUGCCGCCAUCGCAGCAGAUCGGCUCCUACAGAGACACCAGAGCAGAUAACACUAUGGCCCCCUUUGCAUUUCUUGCCUCUGACAUCCUCUUGUUGCUAUCACUGAUAGCCUCCAGUAAGGCCUGUAGCUGUGCCCCACCCCACCCACAGACAGCCUUCUGCAACUCGGAUAUAGUCAUAAAGGCUAAAUUCAUGGGGUCCCCAGAAACCAACAAGACCACCUUAUACCAGCGUUAUGAGAUCAAGAUGACUAAGAUGCUCAAAGGAUUUGAUGUUGUGGGGAAUGCCACAGAUUUCCGGUUCGCCUACACUCCAGCUAUGGAGAGCCUCUGCGGGUAUGUCCACAAGUUCCAGAACCCCAGCGAGGAGUUUCUGAUCGCUGGACGCCUACGGAACGGAAAUUUGCACAUCAAUGCCUGCAGCUUCUUGGUUCCUUGGCAUAGUCUGAACCCUGCUCAGCAAAAGGCUUUCUCAAAAACCUAUAGCGCUGGCUGUGGGGUGUGCACAGUGUUUCCCUGUUCAGCCAUCCCUUGCAAACUGGAGAAUGACACUCAUUGCUUGUGGACAGAUCUGAUCCUCAUGGGUUCCGAGAAGGGCUACCAGAGCCGUAACUUUGCCUGCCUGCCACGGAAUCCAGGCUUGUGCACCUGGCAAUCCCUGGGAACCUCAAUGACCUGAAACCUCCUCCAGGUGGAAGCUGAAGCCUGAACACUAUUUACCUUCCCUCCAACUUUCUUUCUCUUAGAUGGUGAAAUAAACAACUAUCACACAGCA